CACCAACUUACACUUUUAUUUCCCCAAUUACAUGAUAUAUACAUAAAAAUUAACCAAAUACAUUUUACGCAUAUCAAAAAUUAUAAACCACUCUCACUUCUAACAAUUUGUUUAGCUCAAUAAUUAUCUCUUCACACUCAAACAACACGCUUUCUAAUUAACACAAAUUUCACUUUAAUGAUCACCAUUUCCAAUAUUUUUAAAACAAGAUUGUUUCAGAGUUUAAUCACAAGGAAUUUUUUGAGAGGAUCGGCCAAUCGCAGAACUCCACCAUCGGUAAUUGCAACCACUCUCAUGCCGGAGACCACUGCUCCGAAGAGAAUCUCGAGGCCGACUGUGUCUACAGCAUCACGAAGAAAAUACCUGACGAGAACCACAACGAAAUCAUUAGAAAGUCAAGAAACCACGACGACACCAAAACCAAAACACAACCGUUUCGACUUCAUAUCUCGACGACCACCAUUUUUACGAAGAACUUUCAGACCAAAAGUUAAUGUUCCUGUCACAAACGAUUUAGCCGAAAAAAAUGAAAAUUCAAUAGAUAAUGCAGAAAACGAUUCAAUUGGAAAACCACUGGAAAUCAGAGACGUUGUCGUCGCUCUCAAAGAUAUUCAAAACGCGCCACUGCCAACAAAAAUUUCACUAAUUCAAGAAAAAAUAACAGAGAGAAGGGUUCCUGUAAAAAUGCGAUUAACAACAGAAAAAACAGUUUCGGAACAAACAACAAUGGAAAAGAGAGUGCCCGAAAUUAAACUGACAGAAAGGAGGCCAACGAGAAUAGCUGUAACUGAAAAAGAGCCACUGUUUGACAAUUUGGUUAAUUUCAAUGUUACUGACAUAACUUUCACGACCUCAGAACCAAGGAAUGUAACUGAAAAAGAGCCACUUUUUAACAAUUUGCUUAAUUUUAAUAUUACUGAUACAAUUUUCACGACCUCAAAACCAAGGAAUAGGUUCAGAUUCGCAGAAUCUACACCAAAAAUUAAAUUUAAUAAAAUAGCAACGACCACUCCUUAUUCGACAAAAAACGGUCCGCUAUCACACAGUUCACUACAUCACUCAACGAUUGCAUAUACAAGUCCCUUUGUGUCCGAAAUAUACCCAUCAGAUAUUACCAACAGAAUUCGUCCAUCGUCAGUAUCUAGUCCAUAUCAAAAGGAAUCCAAUGCCUUUGGAAAUAUUCAACUAGGUUAUCAUGUGGGACAAACAAGUAUCUUCGACCAACUACCAGAACACAGCAAAGUUUUAGUUCAUAAUAAUGGCUUAAUAGAAUGCUUAGAUCAAGGAAAUUUCCCUCAUCCCGUAUCUUGUAAGAAAUUUAUUUCGUGUGCAAAGUUGGAAAAUGGAAAAAUGCUUGGCUGGGAGUACACUUGUCCUAAAAACUUGAGUUUUGACCCAAUUGGUGGGAUAUGUAACUGGUCCGCUGAUUUAGGUUGUGAUGAAUAGAAAUAAAAUUAACUAUAAAUUAUCUUAAAAUUAUUAUUUGGUCUCAGUAUUACCUACGGUCAGUA